GCAGGAUGAAGACCCCAGUGCUUGAGGCGGUGUCCCUACUACUGGAGAAGCUGCUCCUCGUCUCCAACUUCAGGUUCUUCAGUUCGGGUGCCCCGGGCGAAGACAAGGCGAGGAACAGUUUCCCAGAGAUCAACUCUUUUCUCCGCGGUGACGUGCUGGAGGUUCCCCGGACCCACCUGACCCACUAUGGCAUCUACCUGGGCGACAACCAUGUCGCUCACAUGAUGCCCGACAUCCUGGUGGCCCUGACAGACGACAAGGGGCUCACACAGAAGGUGGUUUCCAACAAGCGUCUCAUCCUGGGCGUUAUUGGCAGGGUGGCCAGCGUCCGCGUGGACACAGUGGAGGACUUCGCCUACGGAGCCAAAAUCCUGGUAAAUCACCUGGACAAGUCCCUCAACAAGAAGGCGCUGCUCAACGAGGAGGUGGCGCAGAGGGCGGAGGAGCUGUUGGGCAUCACUACCUACAGCCUACUAUGGAACAACUGCGAGCACUUCGUGACCUACUGCAGAUUCGGCACCGCGAUCAGUCCCCAGGCGGACAAGUUUUGUGAGAAUUUGAAGAUAAUUAUUCGUGAUCAGAGAAGUGUUCUUGCUUCAGCAAUCUUGGGAUUGGCAUCUAUAGUCUUUCUGGGCUUGGCAUCAUAUACUACCCUUCCUGCAAUUUUUAUUCCAUUCUGCUUAUGGAUGGCUGGCUAACUUCACAUCCUCGUGUCAGUGUGUGUAUUCUGUGUAUUAAUAUGUUUAUAUUUAUAGAGCACAAGUCAGUAUAAGCAUCCUCAAGAAAAAUGUGACCUGUGACACUGUUCUGGAUAAAAAUGUGAUUACGAAUCACACAAAGUGCUUACUGUGUAAGCCCAAGAACAAAGGCUUUCUGAUCUUCCUCAGGCAGUUCCAUUUUAAAGCACUGGAAACAUGGCACCUUGAGAUAGAAUUCAUCAUUACAAGAAAAGCCAGCCCCUAAGAUGAUGGCCACAGGAGAUUAUUUGUGUUAUUUUUUUCUCCUGUAAUCAUUUCUCUUCUCUGUUAGGCCUGAAUUUGAAGAUCGGUAGACUUAUUGAAUGAAAUUACUAAAUUUAUUGUAAAUUUAUGCUGUUUCAUUGAAAAACUUAUAUAAACUGAAAGAAUU